AUGUCAACCCAUUACAUCCCCGAUGAUUACGUCAUCUACAAUCCUGACCUUCUUCGUAAGCAAGGUUAUGGAUUCAGUGUAGCAGUGAAGAUUUGUAUUGUUUUCGUUAAGUAUGUCAAUUGGAGCUGGAAAAUUUUCCAUACUCUACCAGGCACUCAUGUUCCUUUUUUUAAUAUCCUUUCUUGCUUGCCACGCACUAAAAAUUCUGAAAAUGGAUCGUCUCUUCUCGUCCAUAUAAAUCAAGCCGUAUUAGGAUUGUCUAAGUUAUUUAAUCAAGAAAAAUUGUACCACCUUCAGAUAUUUAUUUAUCCAGUAGUUGUUCUAGGAAAAGCUGAGGCUCUCGAGGCAGUUUUCAACAAUUCUAGAUUAAUCGAAAAACCUUGGUUUGUUAAAUGGCUUCAAAUAAUUUUUGGAACCAGUCUUAUAAACAGUGGUGGAGACUUGUGGAGAUGCCGACGAAGAUUUCUGAAAGCAUGUUUUCGCAAAGAUAUUCUGAAUGAAUUCAUGCCCAUCAUGAAUGAACAAUCUCGCAUUCUGGUCGAGAGUUUGAAAACCGAAACGCGCGAAGACUUUACAAAGAUUAGUAGACCCAUGUCAGAAUGCACUUUAAAUAUAACAAAAGAAAUUGUUUGCGGAAUACGUGGAGCCGAGAAUUCAUAUAAAUUAAGAGGAUUUUACCAUGCCGUUAAAUGGGGAAUGAGAUUUUUUGUGGAAAGGUUGAUGAACGUCUUCCUUUGGUUAGAUUUUAUUUAUUUUUCAACCAAGAAAGGAAAGGAAUUUCAGAAGCAUGUUAAAACUGUAAAAGAUGUCACAGGAUCGAUAAUAAAGGAACGAAAGCAAAAAUAUUUGCAAAAAGAAGGCAGCAUAAAAGAAGCAAAGCGAAAGCCUCUACUGGAUUUAUUAAUCGAUUAUCAUCUUGAAAGAAACGACUUCUCAGAAAAUGAUGUCUCAGAUGAACUUGUGUCUUUCAUGACAGCGGGUCAAGAUGCGACUGCAGCAGCACUUUCUUGGACUUUAUACAUGCUCGGCUUGUAUCAAGAUAUACAAGCACAAGUUCACAAUGAGCUGGAUUUGAUAUUUGGUGAUGAUCCUGAAAGAUAUGUGACUCAGACAGAUCUGAACAGAAUGAAAUAUCUGAAAUGUGUCAUCAAGGAAACCUUACGACUGUAUCCACCAGUAUAUUUGUUUGCAAGAGAACUCUUCAAGGAUAUAAACAUAUGUGGCUAUCAGAUACCUAGAGGAACAACCUGUGUGGUGUUGCCACAUGCUCUCCAUCGAGACGAGGAAGUAUUCCCAGAUUCAGAAAGGUUUAUUCCAGACAGGUUUUCACAAGAGAAUUCUCAAAGUCGUAACUCAUAUGCUUACGUCCCGUUUUCAGUUGGACCUAGGAAAUGCAUAGGGCAAAAUUUGGCCAUGAUGAAACUAAUGGUUAUUAUUUCCACCAUACUUCGAAACUAUACACUGGAAUCAUUGGAUCAAAGAGACAAAAUUCUCCCAACCGCAACAAUCACCAUUACUCCUUCUAAGCCCAUUAGAAUUAGAAUAAGAGAAAGACAUUCGAAGGUCAUCUUAGAAACAUAUGAGUGCUGAAUUCUGUAGAGGGAGCGAAACAUCCAGAAGCACCUUUAUUAAAAGAUGAAAAGGUUGUCGGUGUUAUAUGACACAUAUUAAAAAAGGUCAUGUA